AUUCUGAAUCCCAGCAUUGAUAAACUGAUUAGUUCCAUGAUGCUGAGGUGUCACAGGGACUGAGCUUAAAUCCGAACCCCACAGGACCAUCAAGCCUCACACCUGAAUCUCACCUGAACCACUGACUGCUGUCGGGGGGCAGUCAGACAGUCCACUGGAGAGACAGUGGACCUUCAGACUGCUCUACGUUUACCUGUUAUAAUAAAGCAGCAGGAAGCAUCGUCUGACAGGAAGCAUCGUCAUGCUGUGAGCUCGCGACCUCAGCGGCUCUGCGACCCGGAGGACGACGGAGGAGAAGAUGGCGGCCGAACUUCUCUCCGCCGGCCUCCCUCACGGUAACGAGGCGGAGGUGAAGAAGAGUUUCAUCCGGCCGAGUGACCCGGAGCCGCCGGCCAGUAACCAUGACGACGACGACGACAGAGGAACCGUUCAUCUGAACGUCAGCGACGACGGAGAAGAGAGAGACGGCUCGCAGGAAACGCAGCCCACGCUCAGAGAGAGAAAUGCUUUGAUGUUCAACAACGAGCAGAUGGCUGAUGUUCACUUCAUCGUCGGCCCUCCAGGAGAAACUCAGCGAGUUCCAGCUCAUAAGUACGUCCUGGCGGUGGGCAGCUCUGUGUUUGGAGCCAUGUUUUAUGGAGAUCUGGCUGAGGGACAAUCUGAGAUCCACAUCCCUGAUGUGGAGCCAGCUGCUUUCCUUAUUCUGUUAAAGUACAUGUACAGUGAUGAGAUUGAGCUGGAGGCUGACACUGUGCUGGCCACGCUUUAUGCUGCCAAGAAGUACAUUGUUCCCGCUCUGGCGAAGGCCUGCGUCACCUUCCUGGAGACGAGUCUGGAGGCGAGAAACGCCUGCGUCCUGCUGUCUCAGAGCCGGCUGUUCGAGGAGCCGGAGCUGACGCAGCGCUGCUGGGAGGUGAUCGACGCUCAGGCCGAACUCGCUCUGCAAUCUGAAGGCUUCUGUGAGAUCGACGUGCCCACUCUGGAGAUCAUCCUGCAGAGAGAGUCGCUCAACAUCCGGGAAAUCUUGAUCUUCCAGGCGGCGCUGAGUUGGGCGACGGCCGAGUGUCGACGUCGGGGCCUGGCGGUAACCCCCAGGAACCGGCGGCUGGUGUUGGGUAAGGCUCUGUACCUGGUCCGGAUCCCCUCCAUGACGCUGCAGGAGUUUGCAGAUGGGGCGGCGCAGUCCGACAUCCUGACGCUGAAAGAGACUCGUGAUGUCUUCCUGUGGUUUACUGCCUCCAACAAACCCAGACUCGAGUUCCCUCUGGUGAAGCGGGCUGGCCUGGCACCGCAAAGAUGCCACCGCUUCCAGUCAUCAGCCUACCGUAGCAACCAAUGGCGCUACAGGGGGCGUUGUGACAGCAUCCAGUUUGCAGUGGACCGGCGGAUCUUCGUGGCCGGACUCUGUCUCUUCGGGUCGAGUGGCGGUAAGGCCGAGUACAGCGUGAAGAUUGAACUGAAGAGGCAGGGAACCAUUCUGGCCCAGAACCUCACCAAAUUCCUGUCGGAUGGCUCGAGCAGCACCUUCCCUGUGUGGUUUGAACACCCGGUCCAGGUGGAACAGGACACCUUUUACACAGUCAGCGCUGUCUUGGACGGAAAUGAGCUGAGUUAUUUUGGCCAGGAGGGGAUGACUGAAGUGCAGUGUGGGAAAGUGACCUUCCAGUUCCAAUGUUCAUCAGACAGUACCAACGGAACUGGUGUGCAAGGGGGGCAGAUCCCUGAACUGGUCUUCUACUGCUGAACCAGAACCUGACAGACUCGAGGACUAAAGUUGUUCAGAAAACAUGUCAGAGUUUUGUCAAAAUAAGCAACCAGCUCCGAAGACAACAACUCUGAUUCUGACUCACAGACAGCUGCGUUGAACUGGAAGCUGAUUGGCUGUUGUAGUUGGACUGCAAGCUGAUUGGUUGGUUUGUCUGUGCUACUUAAAGACUAAUGACUGAACAUUAAAGUUGAAGUGAC